AAGAUUCCGCGGUAAUAAUAAUAAAUCUGUACGGAGUCGCUGGCCUCGCCUCGCCUCGGCAUCUUCUACUGCUCGCCAUCGCACUCCACCUCGGGUGAAAGCCGGCGCCUUUUGGAUCACCCCUCUCCUCCGAUCGACCGGGUCUCUGCUGAGGUCUCCACGCCGCCGACAGGUAGCGCGAGCUAGAGAGAUGGCCGAGACAGUGUUCACUCCCUCGUUGGAGGGUAUGAAGCAUGUUAAGUCAGAGAGCAGUGUCAUACUCACCAAGCCCUUUCUUGAUGUCUGCAAGCAAAUCUUGCCUGUUUUGGAUAAAUUUGGAGCUGCUAUGGCACUUGUGAAGAGUGACAUUGGUGGUAAUAUCACGAGGCUGGAAAAUAAAUAUUCUUCAGACCCAUCAAAAUAUGAGCAAUUGUACAGCAUGGUUCAGGAAGAGGUUCAAAACAAGACUGCAAAAGGUUCGUCAAGCUGCACAAAUGGACUUCUGUGGCUCACGAGGGCUAUGGACUUCCUUGUUGAAUUAUUCCGUAACCUGCUUGAGCAUCAAGACUGGACUAUGAGUCAAGCUUGUACUGAUUCAUAUACCAAAACUCUGAAGAAAUGGCAUGGUUGGCUUGCCAGUUCUAGUUUUACAGUGGCAAUGAAGCUUGCUCCUAAUAGAGAGAAAUUUAUGGAGGUCAUUAGUGGAACGGGUGACAUAAAAGCUGAUAUCGAGAAAUUCUGCACGACCUUUUACCCUUUUCUCAAAGAGAAUCAUGAUUUUCUGGCCAGUGUUGGACUUGAUGAUCUGAAGGCUUCUUAAUGCAUUCCUAUGCAACAAUUACCCACAGAAUAAACCUGUCUUACCUGUCUAAUGAAAUUUAGUGCUGCCGAGGGUAUGCUGUUUUCCACCUAUCUUUGGAAAACUAUAGGGCAAUAAUGAAUGUCGUGAGCUCAGAACGAUUGGGCAAGCCCAUGGGCAGCUAUACACAAUGUAUGUGUUGCUUUAUGCAAAAAGGUCAACUGUUGAAAAGCAUUCCCGUGCUAGAGGAAGUUAACAUGUUACGUACUUAUAUGCCCUGAGAAUUGUUCAUCUGGGGUAUCCAUCAGAUUUGGUAUUUGCUGAGGCCUUAA